AUGAAGUCUGCAAUCAAAGAAUGGAAAAACAAAGAACUUGGAAAUACUCAGCAUAAAAUUCAAAUACUAGAGGAUGAAAUCAAAUUGAAGUAUACAGAUAUCCAAGAAAGAGGGGAAAGGGAAAGAUUGAGAGACGAGCUAAUUGUAAGAAAAGGGGAGUUAUGGGCUUUAUAUCAAAAAGAAGAAAGAGAAUGGAUGUGGAAAUCAAGAACUAAGUGGGUGGGCGAAAGAGACCGAAACACAAGAUACUUCCAUGCAAUGGCUUCAUCAAGAAUGAGAGUGAAUAGAAUGGACAAAAUAAAAGGGAUGGAUGGGAUGAAGGAAACACCAGAAGCGAUCAAAGGUGAAGUGGAAAAACAUUUCCAAAAGCUGUAUGGUGAAAAAGAAGUAUUGGAGUUGAUAAAACUUGACUACAACUUUGAGAAACUGAAAUCUGACUCAGCUAGCUUCCUUGAGAGGCCCUUUAAGGAAGAAAAGGUGUGGGGUACUAUCCAAGGAUGCAAUGGGAAUAAAGCCCCGAGAUCGGACGAUAUAACUUAA